GCUAAAGAAAUCCUCACAAAAGAAUCGAAUGUGCAAGAGGUACGUUGCCCCGUCACCGUCUGUGGGGAUGUCCACGGUCAAUUCCACGACCUUAUGGAACUCUUUAGAAUUGGUGGGAAAUCGCCAGACACAAAUUACCUGUUCAUGGGAGACUACGUGGACAGAGGCUAUUACUCGGUGGAAACGGUGACUCUUCUAGUAGCGUUGAAGGUGCGUUACCCAGAACGCAUUACAAUACUGAGGGGCAAUCACGAAAGCAGACAAAUUACACAAGUGUAUGGCUUUUAUGAUGAAUGUCUGCGAAAGUAUGGCAACGCCAACGUCUGGAAGUAUUUCACAGAUCUGUUUGAUUAUCUUCCACUUACAGCUCUAGUAGAUGGCCAGAUAUUCUGUCUCCACGGUGGCCUCUCUCCGUCCAUAGAUACACUGGAUCAUAUCAGGGCUCUGGACCGCCUGCAGGAAGUUCCACAUGAGGGUCCUAUGUGUGAUCUGUUAUGGUCGGAUCCGGAUGAUCGUGGCGGCUGGGGUAUAUCUCCACGUGGUGCUGGCUACACGUUUGGGCAAGAUAUUUCUGAAACAUUUAACCAUGCCAAUGGUCUCACACUGGUCUCCCGUGCUCACCAACUUGUCAUGGAGGGUUAUAAUUGGUGCCACGACCGAAAUGUGGUUACCAUUUUCAGUGCACCCAAUUACUGUUACCGUUGUGGGAACCAGGCUGCUAUCAUGGAACUAGAUGACACUUUAAAAUAUUCCUUCCUCCAGUUUGACCCAGCACCUCGUCGUGGAGAGCCUCACGUUACCCGCCGUACCCCAGACUACUUCCUAUAAACCUCUCCUAACCUUUGUAGAGGGAAGUACACCUGGCGUUUUAAAGAGCGACAAUAUUUACACGUUUCUGUAAGAAAUCGGGGUUCGUCUCAACUUGAAAAUCCCCAUCAUGGACCAAAACGUGCCAUACAGAGGCCGAAGAGCAUUUAGCACAACUUGAGACUGAAUUCCUUACAACACUAAAUAUAUCCUAUGCCCAUCAGUCCAACAGUCAGUUUGCCUGCUGUAUUUGUAGUCAUUGUUUUUGUUUUUUUUUUUUUCUCCUGGACUGUUCAGAGAGGAAAAGGUAACUCUAAUAACACUUCCAUCUCCUUUGGCGCUUCUUUGUAAAUUUUUAGUUCUAGUGUUUAACUGGCAUGAAUUAAGAGUCUCUUUCCGAGGGCAAUGCACACUAACUUCUUCCCCCACCACUCUUUUAUUUUAUUUGGAAGACCGAUCGACUUAACUGGAGAAAGGAUG